AUGGCUCGCGUUGCAGUGGCUGGUGGAACAGGCGGACUAGGCCAACGAAUUGUGGAAGCUAUUUGCACUAAGCAGAAACAUGUCAUUUUCCUCUUAUCAAGGGCUAAUCAAAUAGAUACUGUUAUCUCGACGAUUGGCAUCCUUUCCGAAGACGCUCACGUUGCCCAGCUCAAUCUGAUUGAUGGCGCGGCCCGUUCAGGCACAGUUACCCGGUUCGCUCCUAGCGAAUUUGGCUGGGACUACGUCGAGGCGGAAAAUCAAGGGUAUCCUUUACUACUUCCUGGAAUGGAUACGUAUAAGUCCAGCAGCUACAAGGUCGAAGCAGUCAAGAAGCUAAAAGAAACACACUUGGGCUUUACUCGCUUUAUUGUUGGGUUCCUGCUUGACUAUUAUGGUCACCCGCGUGAGACGGUAUGCGUCACUCCACUUGCCGUUGUGGUUGAUGUCGAACAUGGUAAAGCUGCUAUUCCCGGUACUGGCGACGACCCAGUAACUCUAACCCAUUCUUUGGACAUCGCUCGUUUUGUAACAGCGAGCCUUGACUUUCCGGAUUGGCCCGAGAGGUCGUGGAUUAUUGGGGAUACCGUAACGUGGAACCAGAUGUUGCGAUGGGCGGAGGAGUUCUGCGGUCAAAAGUUUGACAUUCACCAUGACUCCGAGGUAGAUCUGAAGAACGCGGUUAUUACAGAGCUUCCUGGAAAUGAUGCGGCCCUGGCGGUGGUCCCGAAACCAUUACUGGAUGCCAUUCGUGCAAACUGGAGCAUCGGAUUCAUAAAGGGGCAUUUCAAUUUGCCGAGCCAGUCUGCGUCGAUGGAAACUCUGAAUGAUAAACUGCCCCAUAUGAAGCCUAUUGAAGCGAAGGAAUUUCUGAGGAGAUGUUGGGGCAAGUAAGACUGGUCGCCUCGUGGCGUG